UGAGGCCCUUUCCUCUUUUUCCAACUUUUGCUUUCUCUUCCCUCCCAAUUUUCUCUCUCUCUCUCUCUCUUUUAUUUUUUCAUCUCUGACCUAAUUCUCUCUCUCUCUCUCCUCUUCUUCUUCUUCUCUUCUCACCAAUAUCACACUCAUCUCCUUCACCUCUCUAAAUUUCUCAUCUUCACCACCUAGAUCUCUCUGUCCAGUUCAUACACUCAUUGUUUCACAAAAUACAAAAUAACACUGGGAAGUUUUGUCAUAGCUGAGCUGACUCUAGCUAGAGGAUAAUAACAAGAAGAUUAAGAUCAUCAACCACAAGAAAGAGGAAGAACAAGAGCUUUGUUAUUGGAUCCACAGAAUUCAACAUGACUCCAGUUAAUUUGGCAGGCCAGUUUGGUGACACCACAUACACUAAGGUCUUUGUUGGAGGCUUGGCCUGGGAGACUCAAAAGGAGACCAUGAAGAAGUAUUUUGAACAAUUUGGUGAGAUCUUGGAGGCUGUUGUCAUCACUGACAAGGCCACUGGAAGAUCUAAGGGCUAUGGAUUUGUUACUUUUCGCGAACCAGAAGCUGCCAUGAGAGCUUGCGUGGAUGCUGCUCCUGUAAUCGAUGGUAGGAGAGCCAACUGCAACCUUGCUUCUUUGGGUGUUCAGAGAUCUAAGCCUUCAACCCCAAAGCAUGGAGGAGGAGGAGGGAGGAACUUUAGAGUAAUGGGUUCUUUCCAGACAGGAUUUGGAGGAGGAGUGGGAUCGGCUUUUCCAUCAGCAGCAACCUUCCCUCAUUAUGCCAUCCAGCAAGGGAUACCUUAUAAUGUUUAUGGGUACUCUCCUUACUCGCCGGAUUACACUUACCCUACGAGCUACUAUGGCGUGUAUGGAGGAGCAACAGCACAGUACCCAGUUUAUGGAAGUGGACCAGGAGGGAUGAUGACGGGUGCGGCGGCGUUCUACCCAUAUCUGCAGUACGGUGAAGGGAGUGGUGGCGGCACCACCGGCGGCUAUACUUCAGGCCAGGGUUAUGGUGUCAACUAUCCCCCUCAGCUCUUUCAGUAUUCUCCCAUUGCUUCCACUGCAGCAGGUGGCUAUGCCCAACACUAUGGAACACCUAUGUCUCUUGCUCCUUCCCCUGCCUUGCAAUCAGUGUGUUUUGCUGUGCCGCAGGCGUGACCAUGGCGCUUCAAGCUCCAAUUCCUCAUCGCUAGAGACUCAUCUCAAAACUAGCUAUGUCAAAACUUCCCAGUUGCUUCUUGAAGUCUCUCAUCAUCAACCAACCUUUGCCCUAACCAUGGUGCUCUCUCACACACACGCACUCUCUCACUAACACAAAAGAAAGUCCAUCAAUGGCAUUUGGGCUUUUUCUCGCAUAACAAUGCCCCCCAUAGGGGCGAAAAUCUUCCUCCUCAUUUGGAGAGUCAUGCAUUCCCUUUUCUCAAAAAAAAUCUUGCAUCUUUGAUCAAAGGUUCCAAGAAGAGAACCAAACCAACGCAUGCUAUCGGAAAUAGUUGUGUUGGUAAAAAAAAAACAAAAAGAAUAGCAAAGUCUGGCCCUAGAAAGGCCAGGCCCAAAAGAACCAUCUUGUUAACUUGGGCUCAAGGCGGGCUAAGUAAAAGUACAGAAUGGUUUUAAAAAUUGUAAAUGGGAGAUCACAGAUAGGUGGUAGAAAUUAAGCUAGUUCUGCAAAAAUAGGUAUUCCCUCCAAUCACUGCUAAUCACCUCUGGAUGAAGAGGAACAUUUAGCAACCAUGGACAUUGGAUGUCCCAGCUUUUUUGUAUGGUAACAUCUAGCUAGUCUUAGACUUUUAGUCUUAGCAUAAAUAUGUUUUUUCAACUUCAUUUCAAUUUUCUCAAAAAAGGGGUUUAACCAACCAACCAAUUGACAAUCUUCCCUUUGGGUAAGGGGAGGCAAUACCUAACUACUGUUAUUUUUUUUUUGUUCCUGUAAAUUCAAUGAUGAGGCUAAACUAUGGGAGUUUAAGCCAAUCCACUAAUCUUUAGGAGGGAUAGUGUUUUAUUUUCCCGCUUAGCAUAAGUAGUACAUUUCAUCAUCAUCUUGAGAACUACAUCAAUGGAUUGUGGGACUCAAACACUUGCAUGGAACCCUGGGAGAUAUUUUGGUUCCCUUGGGUACUUCACUUACUCACCAACCAUGGUUAGGACAUAGGUGAAUCUCAUCACUCUCUAUCUCUCUCUUCCUUCCUCUCUUCUCCUCCUCUUUUAUUUCUAUCUGUCAACGUUUACAUCGAGAUGGACCUUGAUACUCUAUUAAUUAUAUGUUUAAAGCCUAUAUGGUUUGGAUUGUAAUUAGGAAAGCUAAAUUAGGAGGAGUUCAUUCUCUAUCCAUGCAGGAUGAGAAUGGAUUUGCUACUUAUUCUAUUAUGUCUUUAAUUUGAUACUAUGUUUGCUUUCUUUUCAACCUAUGUCAAGAUAAGCAAAUCAAGUUAAUGCUUCGAGCAAUGUUCAACUCUUU